AUGGGUUCUCAAGGUCGUGAAAUUUCAGACGACCAUCCCCCACCCAACAACUAUGCAACACAAGAAUUACCCCAAGCUCAGACCACUGCUACUACAAACAAAGGCUCUGAUCUUGAUCAUGGUCACCCGCCCGGUAUUCCUUGCGCGGCUGUGCAGAAAACGCCUGAGCGGCGCUCACCUCAGGUAGCUAUCAAAGCGGAAGUCCUUACUUUUCCUUUUCAUAAAGAUGUUGAUUUGAUUGACCUUACCAUGGAUUCGGAUUCCGAGUUAGAAGUCGAGGAAAUUGCAAACCCUGCUUUGCGAGUGCGCACACCCCAACCAAAUAUCUUGAGCCUUCCCACGAGACAAGUAGCUUUCGUGGCCAAAAAUUCGGAGCCAAAGGUGGAGGAUAAAAACUUCUCUCCUCGCCCGGAGCCUCAUACUUCAGCUGAAGUAGUAAACUCUGAGGCCGUACAGAAGAAUACUUCUGGAUUAAACACAGUAGGCCACAGAAGUAGACCGGAAAAAGCGUCCCUCGCUACCUCUCUCGAAGAACCUGAAGUGGUGGAAACUCAUGUUCCAACUGGUGCGGGAAAGAGGAAGGCGAGUAGUCCUACCACAGGUAGCAAACGCCACCAAGUCCCAUUCUCGCACACGGCGAGACAAGUCACUCCUGAUGCCAAAGCUCAGAUCUUGUCAACAUCAAGUCCUUCCCCAGAUCCUGGAGCCUCUUCAGUCCUCCAGGAAUCCAAUCAACCGUCAUCAUUAAAGCGACCAAAGUUAUCGUUUAUGAGUCAAAUAAUCUGGCUAUCCCUGUAA